UAUAGUAUUAAAGUUCAAGUAGGGGAAGACUGAAACAGUUCUAUGCUCCCGGAAUAUGGGAUACAUGCGACAAAGAAUAAAAAAAAAUAGUCACAUGGUAUAUAGGUAGUAAUGACUAAAGCUUUGAUGAAAAGUGAGAAAACGAAUAUAUAGAAAAUAUGUGGUGGGUUCUAAUGGGUAUCGUCGCGAUGUUGUAUGCCUAUGUGAAUAAAGAGACAUGCAUUUUACAGCGCAGAAUCGAGAAUAGAUUCGAUACGGGUGGCCUCUGUUAAAAAAGCUCAAGUCCAAUAACGAAACAAAGAAGGAGAGAAGAAAUUUUUUUUUUUACCAUCCAAGAAAAUUUAACACUAUACACGUUGCUGCUGCUGUGCUACUACUACUGGUGAUGGUGUUGUUACUGAUGAUGUGUACUCGUUAAAAAAUUGUGACUUAAAAACUAAAGUGCCAGUUUAGUUUCGUUAAAAUUCAUUCGUAUUAAUUUAAGACAUUUAAUUUCGUCGUGAAUAUGCCGUCAAUUGAACUGAAACUGUUGUGUAUUAAUCAGCAUUUUGACUUCCGGGUUAACUCACUAUUUACUUCAAACAAAAAUCAUCAAUAUCAUUGUCAUUGUUAUCAAUAUCGUCAGCAUCAUCACCAUCAUCAAUGAAUUAAAUUUUUGUUAUUUAUUUAAAAUAGUAUGAUAAAUUGAAUUUGAUUUUGAUUAGAAAAAAAAAUUUUAAAAACUGUUAAUUAUUAAUAAUAUAUAGUAUAAAUGUUUGGAGUAUUUAAGUGUAGUUUAUUGUGAUUAUGCGUGUAAGAAAAGAGGAAGAAGGCAGUGGUGAUUGUCGAUGUGGUGGUGGCGGUGGUGUUUCAUAUAUACAGUGAUAAUAUAGUGCUGGUGGUGGUGGUAAUUUAAAAGAUCGAUUCGGUAGUUGGCAUAUAUAUAUGUCAAAAGGGAGAACUGUAAAUUCAUUUUUUAUUCGGCAGAAUUAUUUCGUAUAAAAAUUUAGAAAAUUUCAAUGAUAAUUUAAUUAUUUAAACAAAUUAAUUCUAAAUAUAAAUUAAAAAAAAAAAACAAGUGAUUAAAAUAAUUUGUUAUUACAUGAAAUGUAAUUCAAUAUUUAUGAAAUUAAAAAUCAAAUACAAAUGAGAAAAAAAAAAUUUUAAUUUGUGAAAAAUAAAAAUUAACAGUACAGUGUAGUUUAUCGAGUGUGGGUAAAGAAGAAACGUAAUAAGGGUCUCAUUUUGGGUGUACCCUAAAUCCAUUAUAAAAAAAAAAAAGAGGAAAAAGAGAACAUCGACGUCAUUCGUAAAAAUUUAUAAUAGGGAGGCGCACAUAUCCAGAGUGAAAGAUACUCCCUUACUUUUUCAUUUUUUAUUCAAACGUAUUUUGGUGUUUGAUUGAACGAAAAAAAGAAGAGGGUCAAAAAUCGAUCGUCCUGGAUGAGAAUAACUAAAUUUUCUCUUCAGUUGUAGAGUGUAACUUGGUAUUUGAUUGUGUGAGAAGCAAAAAUAGAUACAUCAGUGGUGCAGCGAUAAAAUUAUUAUUUAUUUAAACUCAUAAAAAAUGUUUAAUUAGUUGAGCAUGUUUAUUAAAACGUUACUCAUCACUCAGGGACGAAUAAAAAAUUUUUUUCUCAACAUAGCAAACAUAAUAAAUGAAUUAUUAUCAUAGUUAUAAAUAUAAGAUUAAAAAUAGAACAAAAAAAUUUAAAAGAAAUUAUUCAAUGAUUAUUUUAUCUUCUAAAUUUUCCGAUAAAUAUAAAAAAGAAGAUUCAGAAUUGUAUUGACAGUGUAUCGAUGCUAAAAGUUUAGUCGUAUACACGUGAAAAGAAAGUCAAUAAAAUUGUCAAGAUAUUAUGUUUUUCUGUCUUUGAAUGACAGAACUAAGUGACUGACAAAAGAAAAUCGACGAAUGAAUCAAUUGAGCUUGGUGAGAAUGCCAUUGAUGUCUGAAAGAAUAAGCGAUUGGAGCUGUAGUACUUUGAAGACGCGGGCCAGGCGCCGGUUAAUAUAAAAAUAUAACAAAAAAAAAGUUGAGAUAAAAGAUUAAUAUAGUGUUUGAGUUGUAUGAGAUUAAAUUAUAAAAAGUGAAAAUUGCUAGAAAAGGAUAUUUUGAUAUUUAAAAAAAAAAAGUGGCUAUAUCAUUUGGUACUAACAGAUGAUGUCCAGAGAUCCUUACUCGUCGAGUGGUGUGGUUGGUCCAGGAGGUGGGACCAGAUCACCACGAAGUGGUCGACGUGUAGGUGAAUUGCCAACAGUUGAUCGUAGCCCAUCAAGAAGUUAUGCAAGUGGUCGUGGAAGUCCACUUGGAGGACGUAAACGUGGUACAAGAAGUGGAAAUAAUUCACCUGAACAUCUUAGCUACAGUACUUAUCAUCAUCAUCAAUUAAAUAGUCCAUUUUAUUCACGUGACGAAGAACUUGGUAGUCCAGUUAUGCUUGAAGAACGUGGUAGAAGUAUGUCCACUGGCGGUGGUGGACAUCAUCGUUCACGAAGUGCAUCAAGACCAGCAAUGUCUAGCUCAGCUGGUAUAUCAGCAAGAUAUACAAGUUUAGAUCGUGCAUCUGCUGGUAUACUUGAUCAUGAUCGAGAAUUUGUACCAAUACGUGAACCCAGUAGAGAUCGUAGCAGGGAUCGUGGUGGUCUUUAUCUUGAUGAUGACAUAUAUGGCUCAAGAUCAGCUAGACAAAGUCCAAAUCCUCAUAUGCUUCGUGAUGGUGGAUUAUAUAUUGGUGAAUUACAACAUCAAAAUAAUGACUUACAAAGAGAACUUGGAAAUUUAAAAAAAGAACUUGAAUUAACAAAUCAAAAACUUGGUAGUUCUAUGCACAGUAUUAAAACAUUUUGGAGCCCAGAACUCAAGAAAGAAAGAGCACUUAGAAAAGAGGAAAGCACCAAGUAUAGUCUUAUUAAUGAACAGCUGAAAAUACUCAACUCAGAAAAUCAGAAACAAAGUAUGAUGGUUCGACAACUUGAAGAAGAACUUAGACUGAGAAUGCGGGGACCAAGUGUUGAAAUGCAACAACAAAUGGAAGUACUUUACAACGAGAACGAGCAUCUUACACGAGAAAUAGCAAUACUGAGAGACACCAUAAAGGAACUUGAAUUACGAAUUGAAACUCAGAAACAGACACUUCAAGCCCGCGAUGAUAGCAUCAAAAAACUCCUUGAGAUGCUUCAAAACAAAGGAAUGGGGAAAGAAGAAGAGAGGAUCAUGUUUCAACAGAUGCAGUCAUUGGCCCAAAAGCAGGACAAACUCAAAAAAUUAUUGGCCAUUGAAGAACGCGGACGACCAAUUCGACGGAGGACCAAACAGGAGCUCAAAGCAACGAACGAGUCGUUGAAGAGUCUCCAGACCCAGUUGGAGCUUGCAUAUGCAACAACAGCAUCAUCUGGUGCGCCAGUAGCUGGAUGUACUGGAAUAAGCGUUGGUAGAAGUAGCAGUACUGGUCCAUAUUAUACAUCAUCUUGUAAUACAGCAACUCAUCUUGGUGGAAGUGUUGCAGUGCCUGGUGGUGUGCCGGGUAGUACAACACUAACAGCAAUACUUGAAACAAAAGAUGCUCGUAUACAAACCCUACAAAAAGAAGUUGAUUUACUUGAAGCUGAAUUGCAACGAAUACGUGAUUGUGGUGGUAGAUUACGUGAUCAAUUACUUAAAUCAGUACCAAGUGGUAAUAUAACACCAGGACCAGGUGUUACAUCGUCUUCCUCAGUUAUUGAAACUAGUAUAAACAGGGUACAUUCAUUAUCACUUCCAACAGCUCUUGAAAGUCUACAAUCAUCUGUAUUAACACGUGGACCGGCCACAGCCAUGACAACUCAUACAAUUACAAAUACAUUAACAAAUCCGCUACUUACGAGUUCGACAGGUACAACAACAACAUCAACAACAACUGGUACAUCAUCAUGUUUCAAUACUUCAUCGUCUGGUUUAUCAACAGGUGUAGUCAAUCCAUAUACUGACAGACAUCAAACAACAUCUCAUCAUCAUCAUUCACAACAGCCAUAUCAUUUGUAUCAUCAACAACAACAACAACAACAACAACAACAAACAAUACAACAACAUCUGAAGCAAAUUGAGCCGGCCGCCGCUGGUGCAUUGGCUCUUCAUGCUCAUAAUUUCAACAAGCAUGAUCUCAACUUUAAACGACAAUUGGAUGAACUUAGAACUGAAGUACAACGCAGGGACCAAGAGAUACUUGGAAUGUCAGCCAAAAUGAAAACACUUGAAGAACAGCAUCAGGAUUAUCAAAGACACAUUGCUGUUCUUAAAGAGUCACUUUGCGCCAAAGAAGAACAUUACAAUAUGCUGCAAGCUGAUGUUGAAGAAAUGCGACUACGACUUGAUGAAAAGAAUCGUUUAAUUGAAAAGAAAACCCAAGGAAUGUUGCAAGCACAGCAAGAAAGAAAUCGAAUGAAUAAUGAAUUUACAGAACUCAAAGAUCAUAUGGAAAUUAAGGAUCGAAAAAUUAGUGUUCUUCAACGUAAAAUUGAAAAUCUUGAGGAUUUAUUGAAAGAAAAGGAUAAUCAAGUGGAUAUGGCACGUGCGAGAUUAAUAGCAAUGCAAGCACAUCAUUGCAGCAGUGAGGGUGCUGUUACUAGUUUAGAAGAAGCAAUUGGUGAUAAAGAAAAGCAAAUGGCACAACUUCGUGAACAACGAGACCGUGCUGAGCAAGAAAAACAAGAAGAAAGAGAAUUGCAUGAACGUGAGCUUGCUGAAUAUAAAAUGAAAAUACAUGCACUUGAAUCUGAAGUUGAAAAACUUGGUGCUAGACUUGAACGUGCUCAAACUGAAAAAGAUAGAUUAGAAACAAAAUUAGAAAGUUCACAAUCUGAAUUGGGUAAAAGUAAAGCAGAAUUAGACAAAGCUGCAUCUGAAGUUGGUAGAUCUGGUGCUGAUUGGGAAGCAGCUAAACAACGUCUUUCACGUCUUGAGCUUGAAAAUGAAAGAUUGCGACACGAUAUUGAAAAAUCAUCAACACCAUCAACAACAUUUACAAGAACUUCACAUAAAUAUGAAUCAUCACCAGAAAUUGAUAGAAUUCAAGAUCGUGCUGAAAAAACAGCACAAGAAUUACGUCGUGCUCAAGCUGAACUCCGAGUUACACAAGCUGACAAUGAGAGAGCUAAAGCUGAAGCAGCUGCUCUCCAAGAAAAGGUUGAAAAGAGUCAGGGUGAGGUUUAUCGACUAAAAGCUAGACUGGAAAAUGCCCAAGGUGAACAGGAGAGUCUUCGUGAUGAGUAUGAUAGAGCACAGGCAACAGUUGCUAGACUUCAUUCUGAACGUGACAAAGCUGUUGGUGAGCUUGAAAAAGCACAAGAAGAAUUGGAACGUACACAAGCAACACUUGGUAAAGCACAACUUCAACAAGAAAGAUUGCAAAAUAUGCUUGAUAAAGCACAAAGUGAAGUUGAUAAACUUCAAGAACGUUUUGACAAAUCACAAACUGAAGUUCGUCGAAUGCAAAUGGAAAAAGAAAAACAAAACUAUGACUUUGAAAACGUACAGAGUCAGUUGGAUAAAGCUUUGGGACAAGGUGCAAGAAUGCAAAAAGAAAAAGAUGCAAUUCAACUUGAGGCUGAUCGUUUCCAAGAUAAAUAUGAAAAAACACAAAUAAUUAUUCAAAGAUUACAAAAAGAACGUGAUAAUUAUCAAGAAGAAGUUACAAAACUUCAAAGAGACAAAGAAAACGCUCUCUCUGAAUUAGAACUUGUCAAGGAAAGAUGGGAAAAAACGCACAAUUCGCACCAAAAAAUAAGUAUGGAGCGUGAUGAUGCAAUAACAGAAAUUGAAAUGCUCAAAGAAAAAUUCGAAAAAGCUCAGUAUUCAUUGAACAAAGCAAUUGAGGAUCGUGAUAUUUCAAGUAAAGAAUUUGAAAAACAAGCUGGUAAAUAUGACAGAUUACAGAGUGAAGUUUAUCGUCUACAAAAUCGCAUUGAAGUUACUGAAGCCGAGAAAGAUCGUCUUGAGCUUGAAUCAGGAAAAAAUUUACAUUUAUUAAAUAAAAGUCGUGAAGAGGCACGUAAAGCCCAAGAAGAGCUAGCACGUGUACAAGAAAUGUAUGAUCGUGCAGCACUUCAACUUAGUCGUACUAAAGAAAAUGAGGAAAAAUCAAAAGAAGAUUUGGAUCGUUUAUCAGUUGAUCUUGAAAUGAUACGUGAAAGAUAUGAUAAAUCACAAAUGGAAUUACGUAGAUUACAAAAUGAUCGUAAUGAAAAAUCACAAGCACGUGUUAAUUAAAUAAACGUGGCGUAAAUGGAAAUUGAAAAAAUGUAUGAAAAACAUGAUAGACUACAAUCAGAAUUACGUAAAGCACAAGCUGAAGCUGAAAGAUUACGUUCAGAAGCUGAAAGUUCACAUGAAGAAUGUGAAAGAUAUGCAUCAAGAUUUGGUAAAUAUCAAGAAAAUCAAGAACGUCAAAAAGAAGAAUGUGAAAAAGCUAAAUUGGAAAUUGAAAGAUUAAGUGAUCGUUUGGACAAGGCACUUGUUGAACUUGAACGUGCAAGAAAAGCUGAACAGGAUUCAUCAAGACGUCGUGCUGAUUUGGAGCAAGCAAUGAGUACCAGAGGUAAAUAUCAAUUCGAGCAGGAAAAAUGGCAGAGUGAGGGCAAUAGGCUACAGCAGGAUCUUGAUAAAUAUAGAGAAAGACUUGAAAUACGUGAGGCUGAUCUUAAACGUAUGCAAACAACAUGUUCAGAGCUUGAGGCUAAAUUACAUGAGGCACAAUUGCAAGCUGAUUUAGCACGUGAAGAAGCAAGUAAAGCUAAUAAUAAUCAUAAAAAAAUGAAAACAGAUAUUGAAAAUACUAAAAUUGAAGCUGAAAAAAUACGUGAUAAACAUGAUAAAAUUAAAGCCAAAGCUGAUGCACUUGAGGCUGAUAAUGAAAAAUUAAGAGUUGAAAUUGUUAGACUUGAAAGAUUAAUGCAAACGGAAGGUAAAACAAGAUCAGAAAGUGCUAGUAUUGAAGUUGAAAGAUUACGAGCAAGUUUAGAUAAAGCAAUUGUUGCCAGAGAUCAAGUUGAACUUGAAGCAGGUAGACUUGCUAAAGAACUUGAAAAAUCACAAUUAAUUAUGCAAAAACAUCAAGAAGCGGCUGAUAAUGCAAAAAAAGAAUAUGAAAGAGUUAUCAAUGAAUUAUCAAUGAUGCGAGAAGAAAAAGAAAAUUUAAGACAAGAACUCAGAAGAAUGCAACAAAUUCAACAAAAUCAUGGAAAUGAAGAAAUGGCAAAAUUACAACAUGAUUUACAAUUAAUUAUUCGUGAACGUGAUAAAGUUGCUGCAAUACUUGAAAAUCGUGAAAAACAUUCUGAAAAAAUUGAAAAAUUACGUGAAAAACUUGAAAUUGAAAAUAAACAAUUACAAGUAGAAAGAGAUCAAUUGGUAUUACAAUUAGAAAAAUCACAGGAUAUGUUAAUGAACUUUGAGCAAGAACUUAAUUCAAGUGAAACAGAAGUUGAUAGACAACGUAAAGAAAUAUCACGUUUACAACAAUUAUUACAAAAUCAGUCAUCAUCAUCAGUCAAUGAUCGUGCAACAAAAGAAACACUUGAUGCACAAUAUCGUGAAGUUGAAAGACUUACACAACAAGUACAAACACUUACUCAAGCUCAUAAUAAAGAAAAACAACAUGCUGAACAAUCAGAUAAACGUAUACAAGAAUUACAAAAACAACUUGCAAAUGCUGCUGCAGGUGCAACAAAUGAAACACAAAUUGAACAAUGGAAAAAACUUGUAGAAACGGAAAAACAACGUGCUGAUAAUGCUGAAAAAAAUGCAGCUGAUUUACAAAAAAGAAUACAAACAUCUGAAAGACAAUUACAUGCACAACAACAACAAAUACAACAGAUGCAGAUACAUUUACAGCAAGCACAACAACAGAUGCAACAACAAUCAAAACAACAAAAUAAUGGUGCUGGUCCUGGUGUUGCUGAAUUACGAAAGGAACUUGAUAAUGCUCGUGAAGAAAUUAAACAAGUUACUGUUGAACGUGAGCGUUUGACUGCUCAGCUCGAGAUGUUGUGUCAGGAACUGGAGAAAAAUCAGGUGGAUCUUCACGAGGCGAACAAGAGACUUCAAGCUGGCGGAGGGAAACCUGGCGUCGAUAAUAAUCAAGAAAGGAAACAACUUGAUGAUCAAAGACGUCAGUUAGAAGAGCAAAGGAAACAAACAGAAGAACGAGCAAGAAUUGCAGAGGGUAGAUUUAGAGCAGCUGAAGAAAAAGAGAGAAUGUUACAGAGUCUUGAUCAAGAACUUAAAAAAAGAAAAGAUAAAAUUGAUCAAAUGGAACAACAAAUACGAAAAAGUGGUGGUUCACCAGAUAAACGACUUGCAGAAGUACAAAAAUCAUUGGAAAUUGCUGAAAAAGAAUUGGAAAAAGCUAAAGAUGAAGCAGGUAGAAGUUCUGCCGAAACUGAAAGAUUACUUCAACUUGUACAAAUGACACAAGAAGAACAAAAUUCAAAGGAAAAACAAAUUCGAGAUCUUUCAGAAGCACUAAAAGCAGCACAAGCCAAGUUGAAACAAGCAACAACUGCACAACAACAAGAGGCUGGCCCUGCUGGAUUCUUGAAAAGCUUCUUCUAAAAUCGUUUACCAUUGGAGAAAUCAUCUCAGUUUUGUUUUGUUUUUUUUUUUUUUGUUUAUUGCAAAAAUUGAUCAGUUAAAAAUUGCAAUUAACGUGCAUGAACUCAUUUAUGUGAACUGAUAAAUACGCAGUUUUGUGUGUGUUUUUUUUUCGAUAUAUAAAUUAUUUGUUUAUAAUUUAUUAAUGAUCGAUAAUACUACGACCAUUAAUCUAUAAACUUGAUAAAAAAAAACUUAGAAAUAUUCAUAAACAAUUAUUAAUAAUAACAACUUAAUUGAAACAAUAAUCAUUUUGAUUAUUAAUCUUUUAAAAUAAAAAAGAAAAUUAUUAUUGUUAUUGUUAUUAUUACUAUUAAUAAGUAUAUAUAAAAAUAAAAAAUGGCAACAAUAAAAAAAAUCCACAUAGUAAAUACAGUAUUUCCAACUAAUAUUAAUAACUUAUUAUCCACAAUUAAUAAUUAAUGUGUGAUUUUUGCAUGUCUUAAAUUGAAUAAUAAUAUGCACAUAAAAAUUUUGAAAUUAAAAAUUAAUGUAAAUGAGGAAAAUUAUGUUAAAAUUCCAAAUAUUAUUUAAAAUUAUCUUGAUUAUUUAAAAUUAUCUUGAUUAUUAUUUUAUUUAUUUAUAUUUAUUUAUUUUUUUAUUGACCCAUCUGUAUAUCGGACAUUUGCGUUAUUGCAAAAUGAAUCUUGCUUCGGAUAAUGAAAAGGAUAAAAUUUGUCAUGAUAAAUUAAAAUUCAAGAAUACAAAAAUGAAUAAUUAUAACAUUGAAAAAAAAUAUUCUUCACUGAAUAAUUAUGAAAAAAAUGAUUCAGAUAAUUAUAAAAUAAUAAAAUUACAAGAAAUUAUUAAUCAUAAACAAAAUAAAAUUGAAAAUUUAAAAGAUG